AUGAGCAAGCCGCUGGCCUUUGGACUCGUCAACCAAGUCGGAAAAAAGGGCGCAGCAAAAGCGAAGCCGGCACCAUUCAGAAAGACGUCCGCGUUCGGAGGCGGCGACGAUUCGGAUAAUGAAGAACAGGGUAGCGGUGCCAAGGUUGAGCGGAUCGACGGCGACAUUGACGACUUCACAGCGGCGGCGCCCGGCUCAGGCACGCGCAAAAUUUCAAAACAAAGGCCCGGCGCGUUGACUCAAGCGCCCAGGCUGAAAUCAAAAAAUGAACCGAGUGCCGUUUUUGCCGAUCUCUCGAGCUCCCUGGCCUCGCGGAAGAACGUCGAAGCGGCAACAGAGCUCGACUCAAGCGUCUAUGAAUACGAUUCCGUGUACGACUCACUGAAACCGAAGAAAGACAAUGUGAAGGAAGACGUGGAGCGAAAACCAAAAUACAUGAGGAGUCUCCUGCAGGCUGCUGAAGUUCGAAAACGAGAUGCGCUGAUUGCGGAAGAGAAGAAGAUUGCGAGGGAGCGGGAAGCCGAGGGAGAUGAAUACGCCGACAAGGAAAGAUUUGUGACAGAGGCAUAUAGGAAACAGCAGGAGGAAAACAGGAUAUUCGAGGAGGAAGAAAAACGCAGAGAGGAGGAGGAGGCCAAGAAGAAUGAGGGCGGCGGCAUGUCGGCUUUCUACAGGAAGCUUCUCGACAAGGAUGAGGCGAGACAUACAGAACUUGUGAAGGCGGCGGCGGAAAAGGCCAAGGAGGGGCCCGCGGAGGAACAGGGUGACGAUGAGGACGCCGAUAGGGAGAAGGCCGAGGCCGACCUGGUCCGCGAGCUGAACGAAAAGGGCGCAUCUGUCGCCGUCAACGAGGACGGCCAAGUCGUCGACAAGCGCCAACUUCUAAGGGGGGGUUUGAACGUGGGCGCCAAGAAAAAGAACGAAGCUCAAAGAGAGGCUUCACGAACCAAAGAGCCGGAGAGGAGACCUGCAAACGGUGCGCAGUUGGGGAGGAGACAGGCAAUGAGGGAGCGCCAGACGCGUAUGAUGGAAGAGCAGCUGGAGCAGUCUCUCAAGCGAUCAAGAGAGGCUGAGCAGUCACAGCGCGAAGAAAUUGAACGUGCGACAAAGAGUCAAAAGACGCAAAGCGAGAUCUCCAGUGCCAAGGAGAGAUAUCUCGCUAGAAAGCGGGCAGCCGAGGAAGCAAAAAGGCAGGCAUCAGGGGACUAG